CAACCAUUUCUAUCCCGAAUCCUCUCGACCCCGGGGCCGACCCGCGGCCGGCGGCGGAGCGUGUGCGGGCAGCGAGCGUGCGCUGCAGGCUGCAGCUCCGACUUCCCGAGGGCGCGGGGCAAGGCGCUGAGGCGGCGCAACGCGGCGCGAGUGCGACUGUGCGAGACGAGGUGGAGGGCGUGCGGUUCGGGCACUGCGGGGUACUCGGGCUGGGCUUGCGGCGUCGCGGUCUCGCGGACGUAGCGGCGGCCGGCGGCGUGCCUUCUCCAUGCGCCCGGGCCCAACUGCCCAUCAGUCAGGGCCCUGGUGCCUCCGUGGCUGGUUCAGUGGUUCCCGUGCUUCUCGUGAGCGGGCCUGACCUUGAGGGUCCGGCGUGAUCACGACAACCAGCAAAAGCAAAGCAAGGUUGCACGAAAAUCCUGUUUGGCUUGGUUGAUCCUGCGCAGGUGGGCAUCCAUCAGAAUUUACGGCGCUUCCCCACAUUAGAGCUGCUGUCAUGGCCGUCGCCGUCGACGUCCCCUCCUGCAUCCAGCUCCUCCGCUCCUGCAGCGCCGCCGCCGGCCGGCAGCUCCACCAGCUUCUCCUCAAGUCCGGCCACGUGCCCUCCUCCCUCCCGCCCACCAACUCCGUCCUCCUCAUGUACGCGCGCAGCUCCCCGCUUCACUCCCGCGACGCGCACCUCCUGUUCGGCGAAAUGCCCACGAGGAACUGCUUCUCCUACAACUCCCUCAUCACCGCCCUCUUUAAAUCUGGAGACCUCCAUGGGGCUCUCCGUGUGUUCCGCUCCAUGCCCGACAGGAACACCUUCUCCUGGAACGUGGUGAUUACCGGCUUCACCGGGGCUGGGGAUCUUGACACGGCCCAUAACCUGCUGGACGAAAUGCCCGUGAAGGAUGCCGUGGCUUGCAACGCUGUCUUGCAUAAAUAUGUCCGGUGUGGCCGGGUGGACGAGGCAUUUGCUUUACUCAAGAGGAUUGGUCCGCGGUGCAAUGCUGAAAUGAUCUCCUCGCCCUGGAAUGACCCCUUCGUGCUUACUACAGUUGUUGGCGCUUGUGCUGACCGGGUGAAGUAUGAUUUUGGGAGGCAAGCUCAUGCCCGAAUGGUGGUUGCCAAGAUCGAAAUCGAUUCGGUAUUGGGUUGCACAUUGAUUGACAUGUACUGCAAGUGUGGGGAUUUGGACUCUGCUCGCCGCGUCCAUGAUGGAUUAGAACAUGUUGAUGAAUUCUCACUGUCUGCUCUGGUCCAUGGCUACACAUCUUGUGGACAGUUACAUGAGGCGUUAUGCCUUGUUGACAAGGUGGAGAACCCCAGAAUUGCACUAUGGAAUUCUCUUAUCAGUGGUUGCGUGCCUGCUUACCAUGGAGAUGGUGCUUUUGUUCUUUUUGUAAGGAUGUUGCGGUCAGGCAUGUUGCCUAAUUCUUCAACCUAUGCCAUUGUUCUGAAUAUGUGUGGGUUUUUUGGCAUGCUGAAGCCUGGGCAGCAGACGCAUGGGUGUGCUUUAAAGGGCGGGGCUGUCAAUGACUUGAUAGCAGCAAGCGCUCUCAUUGACUUCUACUCAAAAUGCAGCCUCUGGGCAGAUGCCUGCCAAGCUUUUAGUGAGCUUAGGCAUUAUGACACCAUUGUGCUCAACUCAAUGAUUACUGUAUACUCGAACUGUGGACGAACAGAUGAGGCUAGAAGAGUUUUUGAUAUGAUCCCUAGCAAGAGUGUCAUCUCAUGGAAUUCUAUGAUUGUUGGGUUCAGCCAAAAUGGGCAUGCUCUUGAUGCAAUGGAGCUGUUCUGUGAGAUGCAUCGGCUUGGCUUGCGGCUUGACAAGGUUGCUAUAGCCAGUGUUUUGAGUGCAUCAAGCAGCAUCUGCUCUAUAAGUUUUGGGGAGCAGAUUUUUGGUCUUGCUAUUGCACUUGGCCUGCAGUCUGACCAAAUUGUAGCCUCCUCGCUCAUUGACCUGUACUGCAAAUGUGGCAACUUGGUCAAUGGAUGCAGGAUCUUCGAUGGAAUUGAUAAUCCAGAUGAAGUCUUGUGGAACUCAAUGCUGAUAGGUUAUGCUUCUAAUGGGUAUGGACAGGAGGCACUGGAACUUCUAAAGUUAAUGCAAAGCAGGGGUGUGAAACCAAGUGAACGGACCUUUGUUGGUGUCCUUUCUGCAUGCUGCCAUUCUGGACUUGUGGAAGAGGGACUGAGAUGGUUUUACCAGAUGAAGGAAGAUUUUGGCGUGAAUCCAUCAGCUGAGCAUUAUGCAUGUGUGACUGACCUGUUAGUCCGUGUAGGUCGACUGGAUGAAGCAGUUGAGUUCAUAGAGAACAUGCCUUUCAAAGCUGAUGCACUUAGUUGGACUUCUAUUAUUGGAGGGUGUAAAGCCCAGGGAAAUGAGGCUCUGUUGCACAAGCUGGCAAAGAAACUGAUGGAAACGGAAGUAUCACCACAUUCCAGUUUAUAUGUGCAGCUGUCAAGCACGCUCGCAGCUCAAGGGAAUUGGGCCAAGUCAGCAGAGAUUAGGAGUAUGAUGCGUGACAGAAGAAUUUCAAAAAAUGCUGGCUGCAGUUGGAUUGACAGGGCAUAGAGGAAACUGCCAAUAUCACCCCCUGCAGGCAUAUCAGUCCAUUUUCUUCUAGGCUCUUCACUAUUGGCUUUGGUUUCUUCAAUGGGAUCUUCUGCUAAUCAGGAAGUGAUAACAAAAAAUGAUCCCACUAACAUAUGUGCUUUUGAUCAUAGUUUCCUAUAAAUCCUAUCGGAUCUUUUGCUUCUUUUCAUUUUGUUGUGUUGCAGUGACCUACUAGCUACUCAACUUUAGAGAUAAUUGAAACUUCUCUAGCAAGGAAGCCAUUUUUACUGAUAGUGGGGCAUGUGACGGUGACUUCCAUGCCUGAUGGAAGGGCUCUAAGCUGGAACGUCUGGCAUUGGAUGAACAUGGGGUUGCUGCAUCAGGUCAAAUAAUGUGCAGUCAAAUAUCUAUGUGGCCAAGCAAACCACUGGUGCACCGAGAGCAUACGUUCAGUUCAAAGUUGAGCUUUACAAGAAAAUUGGGACCUUCCAUUGGCACUCAACCGAAUCCCUCUCGCCAGAAACUCAUGACCGCCACCGCAGCAGCCACUUCCACCUCCGCGGCAGCCUCCACCGCCUCCUUGGCAUCCACCAUGGGCCCAUGGCUCCUUCACAUAGUCUUCUUCCUUGGCAUAUCCACCUCUUGCAGUAUCUUGGUGAGAAGAACCAUCAACUCCAAGAUACUCUCCAAGGUUAUCGAGUAUUGUAACAAGCACAUCGCCACCGCUGCCAAGUUCGUGGAGAUUAGCCACACACUUCGAUCUCAUCCUGAUAAUGGACUCUUGGUAGGUGAUUCGUGUUACGUUAGAGGAGGAAGAAAAGGUUGAUGAACUGUUUCUGUCAUUGACCACCUGAAAGAAAACAGCUUAUGAGCCUCUGUUCCCCGGCCAAGGAAAACCAUAUUGCUCAACCACCUCUUCUGGACAAACUUCAGAGUGAUAUCUUUCACUUGAGGUAUUCUGUUCCAGGGCAAUUUCAGUUUCUUUCUUGAGAUGUCUCGAGGACCAUAAUUGCUGCAAAAGAAUUAAUUUACCUCAGGUUAUUGUGCUAAACUGAAUUUUGACACCUCACGAGCUUCCCCUUCAGAUUUGCAUGCAUCUCUAGGCAAAUAAAUGAUCUCAAGGACCACACUUGCUGAGAAGGAUUAGCUUGGUUGGAUAUUAGAUGGUACUUCAAUUUAACUUUUGCAUGAAUUAGAUUCUUGGGAGGACUGUAAUUUGAAUAUUGGUGUAGAUUUUAUCUAUUUAUCUCACAAUGUUGAUACAGGUCAUGUAAUUAAAUUCUCAUGUAACUGAGUUUUUUUCUUUCUUGCAUUACUUGCAUUUUCUGGUUAUUUAUUAA